AUGGCCGAGAGGCGAGAGCCGAGCGUCAAGAGAGAGCAACAAAAAAUCUUCUCGCUCGGUAGUGUCCUCGCCCUCUCGGCUGUGGCUAGUGCCGCUCUGGCUGCCCCUCAACUGGAGUCUCGUCUGCGUCGGGAUGUCUCUGAGCUGGUGGAUCCUGCAGGAGCAGCACCCGUGGAGUAUCUGCCACCAGGCAUCACCGAGGCUGCUCUGCUAGAGGAUGUAGUCGAAGCUGAAGCUGAUCCCCAAGGCACUGUCCUAGGCGGCGAGGGCUACGAGUACCGCACUGUGCGCCGCCUGAAGCUCCGUCAUCGCAACCGUCGUGACGUCUCCCACUUGCAGGUGGCUCCUGCUCGUCAGUAUCUGCCUCCCAGCCAGGCCUAUCUGCCACCAGCUCCUGCUGCUCCUGCUGCUCCUGUUGCAGCACCCAUCGAUGACACCGAGGAGGUAGUCUCUGCCGCCGAGCCGAAGCUGGCGCUUGCCCGCGAGUAUCUGCCGCCCGUGGAGGUGAGCACUGAGGCAGCACCCCAGGAGGAGACCACCCCCCUGCCGGAGGAGCCCGAGGCCGAUGUUCGUGUGGUGGAUGUCCCCACCAAUGGAGCCGGGCAGCUGCUCGACGAUGGCUACCACUACCAGCAGCCCGCGGAGAUGCCCGCAGAGCUGCGCGAGGCGGCCCGGGAGUAUCUGCCACCUCUCGAGGAUGAGGCUGUAGUCGUAGAGGGUCCUGCCGAUGGCCAGAGUGCGGUCCUGACCAACGAUGGCUACCAGUACCGGGCCGUCAGGCGUUACAGAUUUUAA